UUGUUGUUCGUGUCUUGGACCCGAUUUGGUCGUUCACCUAUGUAGGUGCUAAUAAGUACUAUGCCUGAUGCAGAAUGCUGGACAACAGUAUGGCGGCCCAGGCGGCAACGGCAGCACCUCCCUACAGCACCACCACCAACAACAGCACCAACAGCAACAAGCAAAUGCUGCAGCAGCAGCACAGUGCAAUCAACAGGACCAGGGGUCAAAUGUAGGCAGUGUAACAACCUCACUCCGGCAAUUCCGCAAAGAAAAGCAAGCUCUGCAAGACGGCAACACGUCCGUGAUAAACGAAAACCAGCAUGUAGCCAGAGUAGCACCCCACAAUCACUACCCCUCAUUGUCGAGACCGUCUGACUGCUAUAGGUAUUCCGCACAAUAUCAGGAUUACAGCUUAUCCCCUCUAGACCCAUCAACCGGCAAACCCCGGCCCCCCGACGCAAUGUGCAACGCCCUGCCGCCCCAGUCCUACGCGGACCUGCACAUGGCCCCGCCCUCUCGCGCUGUCUACCAUCAGGGAGCCGGCCAGACCGGGGGCGGGAAGAGAGAGCAAGACUAUCUGAAUGCGGGAGGACCUGGCAGGAGGGAGAACGAUUUUCUGUCCAAGCUGCAGAGGAUACAUCCCUCGAUGGCGAGGAGCAUCAUGAGCGACCAUCAUAUGCAGGAGGCGGCGCAAGCUGGAGGAGGAUAUAGGCCGGGACCUGGAGGGGUUGCUGGUGGGGGCAUGGAGCAGAAUAGGAUGUAUGCCACUGCGCAAAGUCAGAGAUACAUGAACUAUGGCACCCCAAUGGCGUCCCCGUAUGCCGCAGGCCCACCGCCUCACACCUUCAUGUCUCAAACCCCUGGCUACCCCGGAGGCUAUCACCACCCAGCCGCUCCGCCCCCAUCGAGUUGCAACUACGCACGCCCCUCCCACCAUCCAUUACCGUCACCGACUUCUCGAUAUCCCCACCACCCCGAGAGAGAUUCCGCCUCCAAUCAUUCCUUAACACCGCCCACUUCUCGAUAUCCCCACCACCCUGACAGAGACGUCUCUACCAAUGGCCUUCCGUAUCACCAUCCCCACUUGGCGCAUCAAGGUCAGUAUGCUAAUCCUAUGCAGAAGGGAGUGGGGUAUCCAGGGGCGUAUCCAGGGCAGCAUCCGCCGUCGCAGGAGUAUGCUCAGCAUUAUCAGCAUCGAAGUAGGGAGGCGUACUACCAACAACAUUGCAGACAAACCCAGUACCUUCCCCACCAAAUGCCCCCGACUGAGAUUCAGGAAAGUCGAGUUCCAGUUUCGAAUAACUUGAAACAAUUCCUGGAGAACUGGGCAGAGGAAGAGGCUGUGACAGAAAUGCCAAUGGAAACGGUGGAUAUGUGCAAAGAUGUCGGAAGAAUACCGAGAGAGGACCAAUCAGCGGAGAUCUAUAUGAUCAACGCCUCGGAGCUGCAAUAUUUCGAAAACUCGGGCAUUCCUUUAGUUACGGAAACUGGAAUACCUUUGCAAGUGACAUCAGAAAAUGGCCAGUACAUAAUAAAAAACGGAAUGACUCUGGACAACACCUCAGGAUUAAGGAUUUUCAACAAGCAAAGUGAGAUAGAUCUAGAGAGUGGAGAAAGGGUCGUUAACGUACAUAUCAUGGAUACCGUCAAAACCGACUGUAUGCUAGCAGGAAAACCAAAUGAACCAAACCAAAGAAAACUAGAAGAGUUCGAAGAGAAUCCUAGAGUGGUCAUACACCAAAAUACUAUUAUUCAAUCCAACUAUCCAAACUUACCCGAAGAAAAGAAGCUCCCAAAUGACGAAACUAAGAUCGAAGAUGAGCUCACAAGAAGUAUAAUCAAAGAAUGUAAAAAGGAGACUGUCGAUAAAAAUUGCUCACCGAUAAACUUAGUUGAAUUAGAAGGAUACAAAGAUGAAUCAGUGAUAUAUCCUACCAAAGUGCUUGAAGAGGAAUUAGAUACUAAGAUGUCAGAUAGUGACUCUGGAUUGAAGAAUAUGCCUACCAUCGAGGAGUUCGACGUCAAUAAAACUGCUCAAGAAGAAGAUGAAGCCAAGCUAGACAAACCAAUUAAAGAUGAUACUACAGCCAUUGAGAUGCUUGCAGAUGCCAUGGGUGACGUAAGCACAGUGAAGAUAGAGGAAAUUGAGGAGUGUGACAAGAAAUCUGAGAAAGGUGGUAAUAGCAAUGAGUCGACGCCUGAUACAAUUGAAACAGAAAAUGAAAACCAGUUGUACAAUGCCGAAAUCUCUAGCGACAAUCAUGAUCACAAUCAUAGAAGGACGAAGCGGAUUUUUUCGGUAGAUGAUAUAAUCAACAACAUUGGCAAUCAAUUCAAUAAAUGCAAAGAACCAAAGAUCAGUGAUUACAAUUAUUGCAUUGAAGCUACUAAAGAGUUUCUGGCUCAAGAAACUAAAAAUGUAUUUGAGCUAACUAAAAUAACUGUGGAUGCCCCUGAUAACGUAUUGCAGAAAAAUGAGGUGGAGGAACUCAAAGAAAAAAUCUUAGCAGAGAUAGAGGAUACAGACGUAGAUCACAGUGGCAUGUCAGUAGAUGGAGACAUACAGAUCGCGGAUAAAAAUGAACAUCUAGAAGACACUAGCGAAACUCAUACUGAUAAUGAACUAAAAGAAAUAAAUAAACUGAAAGAUGAAAGUGACUCAGAAAGUGCUGUGAAAUUAGGAAGUGAUAAGGAAGAUCCUCCAAUGGAGACAGAUGAAAAAGUUGCCACUGAUGUCAAUAUUAACAGCAUGGUAUAUCAGAAUGAAAAAUCAAUGGAACAUUCUGAUACAAAUACACACAAAACUUUCAAUGAAAGUGAUGCUUCAUUGGAAAAUUAUCACUCAGCUGAAAACGCGGCUGAUGAGAAGCAAGGUAUAAAAAAUGAGGUUCGUGAGAAACGAGAAACUGCUGAUACUGGCCAAGUACAAAAAAACAGUACGGCUGAUCUAAAAAUUCAAAAUAGUGGAUCAGAAAAUGCUUUGGAGGAUCAAGUUGUUGAAGAUGAAAAACAGCAAAACACUUUGGAUGACAAUAUGGAUAAUACAUGUAACGUAAAAGAAAAUCAUGAAUCGACUUUCGAAACCGAUAGAGAUGAACCUCAGUCAAAUAUGACUGAUAAAAGAGAUCAUAAUGAAAUCGAUACUACUGACACUAAAGUAACAUCUGAUGUCGACAAUAGUGAGGAAAGCCGCGAGCCUCUGACGAAGCAAGAAACUAUUAAUACCGAUGAGACCGACAGUCAGAGCAAAACUGCAACUGAAGAAAACCAAAGUGUAUCGCCUCUAGAAAUAAAUACAAUUGAUAAUGCUUCAGAUCAAAGUUCCAGCGAAAACAGUAAAAAAGUAUCGUUGGUAAGUGAAAAGUCAAUGGAGCAGCGUGAAGAUAGUGAUAGUGUGGAAAAUAAAGUCAAUAAUACAUCCGAAAGUAACGAGAACUGUAAGGUAUCAAUUGUCAAAAUAACUGAGACUAAAGAUGAGCAAUCAAGCAAUUCUAACAAAUCUGAUAAAUACGAAAAACCUAUUGACGACACAUUGAAAGACUCUAACGCAGAAGUAACCAGGAGCGCUGAUUCAGGUGAAAAGGAAGACACAUCAAUUAAUUUUGCUUUGGAGAAUGAAAGAUCCAAUAAUGAUGUCAACCACACUGAAACUGAUAGGGACGAUAGAAAGGACGUUUCAGAAUCAAAGGAAACAGAGCAUUUAGAGGGAAAAUGCAUACAUGAGGGAGACAUUGAACGCGAUGAAGUCAAUGAAGAAGUAAUUCUUGUCAACUCAGAAAACGUAAAUCAAUCUGUUAGUGACCCAUUAGAUUGCAAUGCAGUUUUAGAAUAUACAACGGAUAUCAGCAGAUGUUCUCCAUGUAUGUCAAAUAGAUUGGCCGUCUCUGAAGAUAUAGUAGUAGACGAGUCUACUAAAGAAACCCCAGAAGUACCUGAUCCAGAAGUGCAAUACCGUAACGUAAUCCGUGUAGAGGACAAUAGUAUUUUACUGCAGAUUGCAGGCGAAUUAGUUGAAAUAAACGUGAACACUGUUAAUGGAAAGAAAGUGAUCACUGUCGUACCACUUUCUUCAUCCACAGUUGUAGAUUUUAACGAUAAUUAUGACACUGUAGAUAAUUUAAGUGCUUGUGAUCCGUUGAAGAUCGACGAAGUGACUUCGGAAAGCCAAGACGUCGAAGAAAAGAUUGGUGAGCCUGAUUUUGUAGAGCCAUCAAGUGAGAUCAUUAUUGGUAUGGACCUCAACUUGGAAGAUGAGAUUCAGCUGGAUCUUGAGCAACCGAAGCCAACUCUUUGCACCAAAGCGGCAAAAAAAGCUUAUGACUGUGAUCUUCAGAUACCUUCCAUCACAACUAGUGAAGAUGUGUACGAAAAAAGUAACGCUAGGUGUGAGACAAAUAACGAUAAGGUUAGUUCUAGUAAAGAGAAACAGGAGAAAUCUAAACGUAAACAUUCCAAAGGCAGUAAAGAUACUGUCAGUAAAAGUUCGCAAAAAAAGGCUAGUAGUGAAACGAGGUCUAGGAAAAAAUCUUCAUCCAAAUCGGACGAAGAAUUUGUGCCUUUCGCAGAUUUAGUCAAAGCACGGAAGCUCAAAAAACUGAAACUGAAGCAGUUAAAAGAUAAGUGCAAGGCUGAUUCUACUAAUAAGCUAGAUGAAGUAAAAGCAGUUCAAAAUGACAGAGUUCCUUUAGUUGCGACAGUUGAUGAGGAUCGGGUUCCACCAAUUUUACCUGUUGAAAAAGUUAAAGAAAGAUGCACAGUAAUUGAGAAGUGUUAUUCUGAAGUCAAAGAUGAUGUACCUGAACAAGCGCAUUUUGCAAAAUCGCCAAAAUCUCCAGAAGUUAAAGAAAAUCGUGUCCAAGUAAAUAGUCACGAAAAAAAUGAAUCUAGCUCAACCCUAACUAACACAAAAUUGAAAGAAAAGUCGCCGCCCAAAGUGGACUCAAAACGCAAGCUUAGCUUGGAAGAGUACAACAUCAGGAAAAGAAAACUAUUGGCCGAGAAGGAGUUAGCUGCUAAAAAAGCGAAUAUUGAAAAGGUUCUAGAACAGAAAAUAACCAUCAAGCCGCCUGAGAGAAAUACUUCAGUACCACUAAAAAGAUCGAUGAGUGUAGACGAUCCAAAACCAAUAAGCAGCCAAACAAAGAGAUCUAGUAGCUUAGAAGAAGUUUCAAAAGCUGUUGACAGUAAUUGCGAGGAAAAAGUGAAUCUUAGUCGAAACCAAAAGGAUCCUACGGAUCUUCUAAACAAUAAUAAUCAUUCAUCGGUUCAAGAUGAAAUCCUUCGGUCUUACAAAGAGCAAGUAGAAUCAAAAUUGAGCAGUUUAAACCUACAAAUUCCCAAAUUGACUAAACCAAAGCCAUCUCCUCCUAACAUCAUACAGAGGUUUUUAAAAAACGAUAAACUGACGGAAGCUGAAGUUGAGAAAAUAAAGGAGAUCAUCCUUUGUAAAAAGCUCAUGCAACUAAAGUCUCCUGAGACAAACCCCGGCAGUUCUAGCUACGAAGUAAGGAAAGAGGAGGAAACUGACAUCAAACUGCACUUCAAAAAACUCCCGCCAAAGAAAAAGAAGUUGAGGUUUCGGAAUCUAUACGCGGAUUCAAGUGAAUCAGAUGAAGAUUUUAAAAGUGCGCCGACGACGUCUUCAGUGACGCAGGUAGGGGGCGACUACGCAGUGGUACAGUCGAAUCGAGCUCUGGCAGGGGUGGUACCAAAGUUAAUCAUUAAGAGGAAAACUGAGCUACCUUUGCCGGUUGUUAGAUUGGAACGCUUGAACAUGGGGAUGUUUAAGAAGAGAAAAUAUGAGUGAGCUGUGAGAUAUUUAUAUAUUCAGGACAGGGACCAAAAUAAAGGUGUUAUCAGGUUGAAAUCGUUAUAGGAUGUAUGUAUGAUAGAAGCUUAAAAUAACAGAUAUUUCUACUUGAAAUUGACA